AUCCAGGUAAGGAAGGGUCUCAACAGAAGUGCCGUAGAAUAUUCACAGAAAAGGACUUUCAUAUUUUCAGAUUUGCACAGGAACAAUGAGUUACGUCCACAAGCUUCAUAACCAAGCCUUGGAACACAGAACUCCAYCCCAGCUUCUUCGCCAUCAUGCUCAAGUAUCCCCUGACAAGGAAGCGUUCGUGUUUCGUGACGCUAACAAAAACAGAGUGGCCAUAACCUUCAAAGAGUACGAAAGAAGAUCUGAAGCAUUGGCAGCAGCUUUGCUGGAAAUAGGUCUUGUUCGAGGCGAUAGAGUUCUUCUAAUGCUGCCAACCACUGAAGAGUUUGUGUAUAUUCAAAUGGCUUUGAAUAUGAUUGGUGCCCUGGCUGUUGUCACCGAACAAGAUGGCUACACCGCCAUUCUUGAAACCAAGAAUCUAGCAUGUGUUAUAGCAAGUAUAGAUUACAGUGUUUCCAUGAACAUAGAGGAAACGGUGCACGAACUGCACGCUAUUUUCCAGCAAAGAACGCUCAAGGCAGGGGUCAUUGCUGGUCACUCUGCAGCUGAUCAUGACUUGCUCACAUACCCGAAGGUGUACGCUUACAAGAAGCUCGUUGACAUGACACAGAUAAAUGAAGAAUGUCGUUCAAGGGUGCAAAGAGCAGAAGCACAAGUCCAAUUUGACGAUCCCACGUUUGUACUCUUCACUUCCGGUAGCACAGGGAUCCCAAAACCAAUCCAGUUUACUAACCAAGCCUUCAUUAAUGGAGCACGAGCGAUUGCAUAUAACGUCGCCGUCAACAAAGACACUGUCUUAUUCUGUGAUGGUCCAUUUGACUGGAUAUCAGGGAUGGGCUUCGGUAUUGGCGUAGUCCUUUUGCUCGGAUCCACCUUGGUUUCCUUUCCACCUCGUCUCGCAUUCAAAGGAGGCAUGACGACUACUAUUAUGAAGAUUAUAGAAGAAGAAAAAUGCUCUCAUGCCAUCCUGUUGUUGUACUUUCUACAGGACAUGGUAUCAAGCCAGGAGGUCCGUUCCAUAGAUCUUAGUAAGCUCAAGUACUGCAUGGUCGGAGGCCAACCUACUUCUGUCUCAUUCAUCAAGAAAAUCUUCUCUCUCUAUCCCCAUUUGAUUAUACGUAAUAUAUAUGGAUCUACUGAGACCAGUCUAAUAGCUUCACAAGAGAUCACCAAAGAUUCUCUAGAUUCUAAGGAUCACAGCCUGAUGGAAAUCUGUCCUGGAUUUGAAGCAAAGAUCAUCGAUGAAGAGGGUUGUAUUGUACCAUUUAAUAAACCAGGAGAGCUGUGUCUACGAGCUGUCUGGGUAUCUUUCAUGGCUGAAGAUGUAAUGAAAGCUCCAAAACAACCUGAUUCCCCAAGAGACGUGUCCCUAGGAUGGCACCACACCAAGGACUUGGCAAUCAUCACUCCAGAAGGAAGGCUGAAACUCCAUGGUAGAAUGGAUAAUGUAAUUAAAUGUGCUUGUGAAUCCAUCCAACCGAUUGAGAUUGAAGGAGUUUUAGAGAAACACCCACAUGUUGAUAAAGUCAUCGCUGUUGGCGUUCCUGAUGAAAGGCUUUACCAGAAAAUAUGCGCCUGUAUUAUAUUGAAAGCGGGUCACCAUGACAACCAAGAARCCCUUCGCGCCAAAUUCCAAGAGUGGUGUAAAGGAAAGUUUAAUAAGACAACAAACGGUUUGGUCCCUAAACCGCAUUAUUUCGUGUUUUGUGAAGAUUUUCCUCUGACGAGAACUGGGAAAUUGAAUCGAAAGGGGCUCAGAGAAAGAGCAGCAAAGGAAUUAGGACGAAUAAACRAAUGAAUAGUGAACGAAUGAAUCCUUUAUUAUAAAACCGCGCGCGAUUGCUUGGCUACCGUGUUUAUAUUAGAGGACAGAGACACUUUCGCUCAAACUCGUCUAAAAAUAUUUUAU